AUGCUGAUCGAUGAAGACUGUUCCAAUAGACUAGUUUCGGUCUGGAUCUCAGCAUACUUUGACAAUAAGAGCUUCGUUUUGACUCAGGGAUGGGGUUCCGAGAGAAUUGUGGACUAUCGAAUUAAUGAGGAUAAGUUCCACAAAAUUUGUCUUCUUGCUUGCAAUUUUUUCACAAGGAAACCGCCUGACCCAGAUAACGACGUGUAUGAUUUCCGCGAGUGUAUUCGAUGUGCACAAAGUGAUUAUGGAUGCUACAAUGUGGUAGAGCCACCCAUUGAUGCACCUAGAGAUCUGAUGUACAAAUCUGAGAGAGAGGUCUUAAAGGUUUUCCUGACGAAGCACUACAGGAAUCGCCGGCUGGGUGACCCAGACUUUACUCUGGAUUUUGAGGAGAUCUAUGUAAUUGAUUCCAAAACAAAAUCAAUAACCAGAGCAAAAGUUAUGGUGACAAUUCCAGGAGGAAGGAAUAGGGAUAGGAAGAACGAUUUGCUGGUCAUUCAAGAUAAUGGGAACUCCUUCAAAAUAAUUUCUUCGGUGAUUACUCAAAAUACUGUUUCAUUUUUUUUUUUUCACAUUAGCCUGAAUCUUUUUCUAUUUCUAUACGGUGAAAGAGAUGACCCAACCACUGUGAUAGAGGAGGAGGAGCGGAACAAAACGAGACGAAGGAAGUUAAGAGAUUUUAGCGUUUCAAAUUGGUUCUAA